CUGUGAGCGCCGCCCCACCCCCAGACCCUCCGCAUGCCCUCUUGCCUCUCUCCGGGGGUAUAUAUAGCCUGAGAGGGGUCCUGGACAGUCCUGGCAGUCAAAAUGAGGCUGUUCCUCCCCGUCUGCUGCCUGCUGCCUUUACUGGCACUCGCCAUUGCAGAUGCAGUGGAGUCUGAGACUGAGCCGAUUGUGCCGUUCCAGCUGAAGUCUGAAGGCAAGCUGUUCAACUGCUGUGAUGGCACAGAGGAUAUAAGCCAGAGCUCCUCCAAUGACACUCCUGCACCAAACAGACCUGUGUGCCAACCCUGUGGCACUGGAGCACAUAUUGACACCACGGCAGAAGAUGUCAGCUCUAAUGAAGAGGAAGAGGUUGUUUCAGAAGAGAAAUCUGAAGAGUUGAAUCAAGAGGAGACCUCUUCUGAAGAGAUAUUUGAGAAGGAGGCACAGGAAGAAGAGGCAGAAGUUGAAUUAGAUGAAUCUAAUGAAGCGGCGGAGGAAGAAGUUCUUGAGGAGGCACGUGGAGACAUGAAGGAGGAGGAGAUCUCAGAGGUAGACAGUGAUGUAGAGUCACAAAUGGUUGUUGAGGAAUCUGUGGAAGAAGACGACGAGGAAGAUUCUCAGACCGAUGAGGAGGUAGUUGAGGAAGAGGAGGUUCUUCAGACUGAAGAUGAAGCAGGUGAAGAAGAGGAACUUGCUCAGACUGAAGAGGAGGUAGCUGAGGAAGAGGAGGUUCUUCAGACUGAAGAUGAAGCAGGUGAAGAAGAGGAACUUGCUCAGACUGAAGAGGACGAGGAGAUUUCUCAGACAGAGGACCAGGCAGAGGCGGUUUCUCAGCCUGAAGAGCCAGUGGAAGAGAAAUCAGAAGAGGUAACAGAGGAAGAAGCUGAUGUAGAGGAAGCUGUAACAGAGGAAGAAGGAGCUCCUGAGGUUGUGGAAGAGGAGCAAUUUGUUGAAGAAAUGGUGGAAACAGAAGCAGAAGAGGAACUAGUUGCAGAUGUUGUUGAGGAGGUUGUUGAAGUAGCACAAGAGGCAACAGUGGAGCGUGUGGAACCAACUCCUGAACAGGUUCAAGAAGAUGUUUCUGCACCUGUUGAAGAAACAACAGUGAAAGAAGUGUCAGAUGAUGUACCAGCAACCAAAGCGUCUGCGAAAGUGGAGAAAACAACCCCCUCAGGUCCUACCACAAGAGAUCAGUCUCACAUCGAAGAGACGCUGCGUCUGGCAACAGCUGAACCUUCACGGGAAUUUGUCGAUGCUCUGAAGAAGCUGCAGCACGUCUACAACACUGCAAUUAAACCCAUGGACAAGGCCUACAAAUACAAUGAGCUCCGGCAGCAUGAAGUGUCAGAUGCAGAGAUCACAUCUAAGCCCAUGGUCUUGUUCCUGGGUCCUUGGAGCGUUGGCAAGUCUUCCAUGAUCAAUUAUCUUCUGGGUCUCGAUGAUACUUCACAACAGCUUUACACUGGGGCUGAGCCCACAACGUCAGAAUACACUGUACUGAUGCAUGGUGAGAAGUUUCGCACCAUUGAGGGCAUUGUAAUGGCGGCAGACAGUUCCCGCUCUUUCUCACCUCUGGAGAAGUUUGGUCAGGGGUUCCUGGAAAAGCUGGUGGGAAUCGAGAUGCCGCACAAACUCCUGGAGCGCGUCACCUUUGUCGACACUCCUGGAAUCAUCGAGAACCGCAAACAACAAGAGAGAGGGUACCCCUACAGUGAAGUGUGCCAGUGGUUUAUCGACCGUGCUGAUCUCAUCUUCCUGGUGUUUGACCCAACCAAACUGGAUGUCGGUUUAGAACUUGAAAUGCUGUUCAGACAGAUGAAGGGACGCGAGUCACAGAUCCGUAUCAUCCUCAACAAGGCUGACAGUCUAACAACCCAGGACCUAAUGCGCGUGUACGGCGCCCUUUUCUGGAGCAUGGCACCCUUGAUUAACGUGACAGAACCACCACGUGUCUACGUUAGCUCAUUUUGGCCGCAGGAUUAUGCUCAUGACACCAACAGAGAUCUUUUUAAACGCGAGGAGAUCUCUCUGCUGGAGGACCUAAAUCAGGUAAUCGAGAACCGACUGGAAAACAAAAUCGCCUUCAUUCGGCAGCACGGCAUCCGCGUGCGCAUCCAUGCCCUCCUGGUCGACCGCUACCUGCAGACGUAUUACGAGAAGCUGGGCUGGUUUAGUGACCCACAUGAGGUUUUCAACGAUAUUGUUAGUGACCCUGACAAAUUCUACAUCUUCAAGUCCAUUCUGGCCAAGACCAAUGUGAGUAAGUUCGACUUGCCACAACCGGAGGCGUACCAGGACUUCUUUGGAGUCAAUCCUCCCAGCAGCUUUAAGCUCCUCUCCUCAUACUGCAGCUGGUCAGGAGGAUGCCUGCUGGAGAAGAUCGAGAAGGCCAUCACAGAUGACCUGCCGGCUUUGCUCAGCAGUCUGGCAGAGAAACGGGAAGCCAAGGCAGAAGCGGUAGCAGAAACCAAGGAGAAACCCCAAAACCGUUGGAGGAGACAGUAACAGAAGAAUGGUGGGAGAUGUGGGAAGUAUGGAAGAGUGGCACCAAAGCAAUGAAUGAGAGUAUAAGUGACACUUAGAUGAGAUUUGCCAGUACAUCAAUGGAAAGCCAGUUAAACACUCUGUAUGAAACAGACCUGAACGGUGGGAUUUGGUGUCGUAUUUUUCUUCCUUUUGCAUUAUUUUUUUUCUUCCUAGCAAAAAAUUUACUUAUUUAUACUAUGUUCAAAAUAAAUAACCUGUCAUAAUCUUAUUUAUUUAUAGUUUGAAUGUCGUUUUAAAAGUGUGAAUUAUGGAAGCUUGUUUCCACCACAGGGUAAAAAAAAAAAAUUAAAUGGUAAUUUCCGACUUUUUUUCUUGCAAUUCUGAGAAAAAAGUCAGAAUUCUGAGUUUAUAUAUCGCAAUUUUCUCGGAAUUGUGAGUAUAUAGCUCUGAAUUGUGAGAUCAAAUGUCGCAGUUACCUUUUUUUCUUUUCCCCUUGUUGGAAACGGGCUUCCAUCUUCCAUAGUGAAUUUGCCAUAUGUGGUAAAACGUUUAUCUUCAUUGCUUCAGUUCCACUUGUACAUAUUGAUCAUAUUCCUUUGUACAAUUUACUGGUGUAUGAGUUGUUGGUAAAUGAAAUGAGAUUUUUGUUGUUGUUGUUGCAUUUGCUCACAUUACUGCAUGUUUCAACUGUGGUGACAUUAAAUUGCUUUUCUGGCUGUUGA